AUGGCGAAGACCCGCAAGCCUCCUCCCCCGCCGCCGCCCCCUCCUCCUCCGCCGCCCCCCGAAGAAACGCCAUCCCCGCAGCGGCGGCGCAAGAAGAAGGGCCGCCCGUCCCUCCUCGACCUCCAGCGCCGCAGCCUCCGCCUGCAGGCCCAAAACCCUAGCCCCGCCCCCUCGCCCACCCGCCGGGACCCCAACCCCUCCGACGACGACGAGGACGGGACCGGGACCGGGGGGCGGAGGCGGCAGAAGCGCCUCAAGAGCGUCCUCUCCGGCGUCGUCGUCAAGGAGGAGCCGGGGGAGGGAAAGAAGGAUGCAGCGAAAGCGACGGGGAAAGGGGACGCUGCGUCGGAUGGUGGGCCCACGGGGACUCCCCUCCCAGACAAAAAGUUGCUACUCUUCAUCCUCGAUAGGCUCCAGAAGAAGGAUACUUUUGGAGUUUACUCGGAGCCUGUCGACGCAGAGGAGCUUCCGGAUUACUUUGACAUCAUUGAGCAUCCGAUGGACUUCUCAACAAUCCGUGAGAAGCUGUUGAAUGACUCGUAUUCUAAGUUGGAACAGUUUGAGGAUGAUGUGUUUCUACUCACAUCAAAUGCCAUGUCUUACAAUUCAGCAGACACAAUCUACUUCCGGCAGGCACGAUCUAUUGAAGCUCUUGCCAAAAAGGAUUUUGAGAACUUGAGGCAACCCAGCGAUGAAGAAGAAGAACCCAAGCCACCAGCUCGAAGAGGUAGGCCACCGAAGAAUCCCAAGACGGAGGGUGAUGUGUCACCAGAUCUAUCCAAUGUGAAAACAAACAAACCUGAAGACAAUGUCGAUACAUUAAGAAAAAGGUCAACUGGAGACAGAACUCGAAAUACAAAUACCCCGAUGAAAGAUCCGUCCAGUUUUCACAAUAUGCUUGGUUCUUUUAGUGCAAAAAGAGCAGACAAAAUCGGUGAUUAUUCAGGUUCAUCCAAGUGGGGAAAGAAACCUGUUGUUAGUCUAGAUGACGACCGCAGGAGUACAUAUGAUCAGCACUAUUCACGUAAUAGCUCUCUGUUUGCUGCCCUGGAUGAUGAGAGGAAACUACUGGUGCCGGUAGGGGUUCAGCAGCAACAUGCAUAUGCUAGGAGCUUGGCACGAUUUGCAUCAAAAUUGGGCCCAGUUGGCUGGGAUGUGGCAGCAAAUCGUAUCAGAAGGGCACUCCCCCCUGGGACAAGUUUUGGCCCAGGAUGGGUUGUAGAUGGUGAACCACCUCAAAACUCUCAGUGGGCUCCUGUCGCAUCCACCAAUCCCUCUGAGUUCAAUGCUCCACCCAUUAUGCCAUCUAAGAAUGAUGUACUACAUCACAAGUCUGGACCGUCUUCAAAUGGGGAUGUUACUGGUGAGGAGCAUUUACCUAGAACUCAAACAGUGGCUUCUACAUCAGCAAGCUUUGAUAAGGGCUCUGAAAUUCCCAGUAAAGUAACCAAGCAUGAGAAUGGAGUCAACAAGUCAUGUGGUGGUAUGGACAAUACGGGAUCAGCAGCGCCUCCAAUGCAGCAACACAGCCACAGCCGAGAAAUCCACUCUAACAUCAAUGGCUUUACUGCUAUGUCAAACGCCAUGAGUCAGUAUGCCGGGCAAGGGUUAUUUGGAUCAGGCAUUCCUAUGACACAUGCUCAAGUGCUUGGGAUGUUUUCUGGAAUGAAUGGGAAAGUCAAUGGCUAUAUCCAUAGGCACCCAGUAACUGCUGAUAGUCUUAAAACAGCAGCACAGAAUGUAGAUGUUGGAAAGGCAACUGUCAACCCUGUGCAAGGUGCAGGUCAUGAUCCAAAGAUGGCUAAUGACAAUAAUUCUGCUCACCUAGUCCCAGGCUUAAAUUCCGGUGUCCAGUCAUCAGGUUCCCCACCUAGGGGAAAGCUGGCAAAUCCAAAGCACCCUGAUCUGGCUUUGCAGCUAUGA